UCUGCCUGUUCGCGCCAAAAGUUGUCGGUCUCGCUUCAACCAAUGUCACGCCGCUGAAUGGAACGGGAGGAAAGAUGGACUCCUUGACGUUGGGCUCGCACAGGCUGGUUCAUCUUGACUUGAAGGGCGCACCCCCGCGGACCUGUUACUUCGAAAAGCUCUUCCCGCUGUUGCGAACAUGGGGAGCGACUGGAUUGCUGUUGGAAUGGGAGGAUACGUUUCCGUACAACCGAGAGCUCACACCUAUCGGAAGCAAUGGACCGAGCAGCCUGGCAAGCGGAUACACGGUCCAGGAGGCUAGAUAUAUCCUGCAGAUAGCAGGUGAUUGUGGCCUGGCAGUCGUCCCACUGGUACAAACUUUCGGUCACAUGGAGUUUGUCCUGAAGCACGACGAAUGGAGAUCGCUGCGCGAGGUGGAAUCUUUCCCAAGUUCUAUCUGCCCGUCGAAUCCAAGGACUCUCCCACUGGUGAAGUCCUUGAUACGUCAGAUUGUCAGUUUUCAUCCUGACAUACAGUAUCUACAUAUAGGCUGUGACGAAGUGUGGCACUUGGGCCUAUGCUCGGUCUGCACCAAACGUGCCGCGGCCAGUAAAUAUGGCAAAUCUUCCCUGUAUCUGGAACACAUUCUGGCGAUAGCCCAGUACAUUCAGGAGACCUAUCCGUACUUGAAGAUCAUCAUUUGGGACGACAUGUUGCGAUCGAUAGACUUACAGAACAUUACAUCGGCAAAUACGUCGAGCCCAUGGUAUGGCACUACAAUUCCAGGGACAAUUUCGCAUUGCCCGGUGGUAUCUGUCUGCCCCUCUCUGUUUUUCUUUAACGUCAACUUAAGCGAUCUUAAAAAAUGUAUUCCGAAAUACUUGCCAAAUCGUUACACGUUAAACCGUUUGCUAGGAAUGUGGGACAAGUACAGCGCGGUCUUCCCGAAUAUAUGGGCGGCAACGGCAUUCAAAGGCGCCACUGGCUCCACGCAACACAUACCUAUAAUUCGCCAUCACAUCAGCAAUCACGAGAAGUGGUUGGAGGAGCUAGGGGUUCACGUGAGUAAGGUACACGAAUUUCGGGGUACAGCGUUCACCGGCUGGUCCAGAUACGAUCAUUAUGCCACGAUAUGUGAACUGCUGCCCACGGCAAUACCGUCACUGGCUCUAUGCCUGAAGGUCUGGCUCCACGGCUACUCUGAACAGACGCACACUCAGGUUGCAAAGAGCUUGGGAUACAUUGAUCAUCCGUUGCACAUCACGCCGCAACUUAGGCCAAUUUCGAUACCCAGCAACCUGCUCUUCCCUGGGUGGCAAGUGGCUGUGGGUAUGGAGUGGUUCCUCAACUUCAAGGCAAAGUUUCACAAUAUCGUUGCCAGCGAUCAAAUCAUGACGUGGAUGAAUCCAUGGCAAGUGGCAAACAAUUAUACAAAUCCCAUGCAGCUGGAGAACUUGAUACCUAUUUUUACAGACCUAUUAUUGGAGUUAUCUUCACUGGAGAACUAUCUGCGAGUUCAAAUGGAAGCAAUUUUCUUCUCAUCGAUGAUCGAGGAGUGGAUAGGUACCAAUAUUCACCCUGUGAAGGCAAAGUUAAUGGAGCUGAAGCAAACCACGGAGAAUCAGUUGAAGAUAAACAACCGCGUGUAAUGCUUUUUCUGCUUGGAGGAGCCGGCGAUCGAUUUCGAAUGCGUGGUCCACGAUUUAAGGGAAAACAAUCGCGGGAACUCCAUCAGAUCUCUCGUUGCAACGAAUGAUUAUUCCUCGAAUGUAGGGAGAAAUUAUUUUUGUAUGUAGUAAAUCGCUGCAUAUAAAAUGUCAAAUGGUACAUCGCUAUUCUUAAAGAAGUAUCGUUGCAAAAAAUAAAGAAUGAGGUAUAGUUUCGUAAGAAAAAGGAGCCGUUAUUUUAAUAUUCGAUACGAAAAAGAAGAGAGAGCAAGAAACUCUUUUUGUCGAUACUUGAGAUGCUCUGUGAUACUUGACUAUGAGAGGAUAACUGCAGUUAAAUUAACAGAAAAUUAACGAUUAGAGAACGAUUUAAUCGCUUAUCUUUGUUUUCAGUGUACAAUUUAUACAAAUUUGCGAGAGAGAGAGAGAAAGAGAGAGAGAGAGAGAGAGAGAGAGAGAGAAGUAAUAAUCUCCUUUUUUAGAUUGAUGUAGAUCGGUCAAACGAAAAUUGUUAGAUUUGAAAUAAGAAAAAGACGUAUGUUGUAAGAGAUAAUAUAUAAAAGUUAAUAAGUCGUAUAAC